CUAUCCUAUACUUGAUACUUGUUUUAAAUUUUAAGCCGUUUUCUAGUGUUAUUGUCAUCCAGAUGUCACUGAAGCUGCUAGCGGCCGCACUAGCCUUCUGGCUGAGCGUCGUGGCCAUCACCCCGCUGGCGGUUCCAACACGCAACGCUCUGUCUUCUCGCGCCAAAACCCUACCGACAACAAUGAAGCCUGUCGACGAUAAAGAUGCUUUGCUUUUCAUGACACAAGGCGAUGACAACGAACUCGAUCUUCACCAUGCAUCUAGAGAAACGAUUGGCCCGACAUUUUAUGACACCGAUCCAGCCAAACGUGCACUGCGUGAGCUUGUAUUCGAAUCGGUCAAGCAUAAUAUGGAGAAGGCUGUAUUCCCGCACGGCAUGCCCAGAGCUCACAUCCGGUAUGGGCCAGCGGCUGGAUCGACGCGCACACUGCAAAAUACAAAGCAGCUGCAUGCUACCACCAGCAGGGAUGUCGGAUGAGUCAGUCGUCACUGAACUCGAUACUACAAUGACGGAGACUGUCAGGGAGGUCGGCAAUGGGAAGUCUGAUGAGCCCUCGUCGAUAGUGCUCUCUGAAAUUGUCGACGAGUCCACGACGGUCACUGUUACUGAAACACCUACAGAGUCGUCGCCAACAGAUCCUUCGGCCACAGAUGAGGACACGGCAAUCUGCCACUGACUCGGAAUCGACCUCCACAGGUACUGACGCACUCACAGACAUCACCUCGUCAACUACG